GAUGAUAAGUCGACCUUCUUCCAGUUCGGUGCCUCCAUCCAGCAGGAGGCUCUGCUGAUGCUGAACAUCAUGGAGGAGUACGACUGGCACAUCUUCUCCAUUGUGACCUCAAAGUUCCCCGGCUACCAGGAGUUCAUCAACAUCCUUAAAACGACUGUGGACAACAGCUUCGUGGGCUGGGACCUGCAGAAUGUCAUCGUCCUGGACGCGGUGGAGGAGGACAGCCGCUCUCAGAUCAUGCUGAAGAAGGUCCAGUCCCCCGUGGUGCUGCUCUACUGCUCCAAGGACGAGGCGGUGUACGUCCUGGAGGAGGCGCGCUCCCUGGGCCUCACCGGAUUCGGAUACAUCUGGAUUGUUCCGUCGCUCACCACCGGCAACCCGGAUCUAACGCCCGAAGCGUUUCCGCCGGGGAUCAUCUCGGUGUCCUACGACGACUGGGACUACCCGUUGGAGGCGAGAGUUCGGGACGGUUUGGGCAUCAUCACGUCGGCAGCGGCGGCCAUGUUGGAGGAGUAUGGCGACAUCCCAGAAGCGAAGACGUCCUGCUACGGGCCGAUGGAGAAGACUUCUAAACUGCCACCCAGUGCGCUACAUAA